AUCACGUUUGAUCUCUUCCGUAUGAUGCUCAAUGAUCAAGAAAACACAGGCAUAGAUACGGAUAUCGAUACUUCGCGUCACGUAGAUAAAGUUGACGACGUUCCAGACAACUCGUCCGCCUCCAUUGUUGGGUAUUGGGAUAUUGCUUUCAUUCAUGCUUUCGCAUGCAAAUUCUUGUGGUUAGACGUUCCAGCUUUGCACCCAUGUCCAGACUUUCAACCAGGAGAUCUCGAACAAGCCCUCAUGUCAAGAAUCAAAAGCGAUCUAAUAGACCAAUUGAUUUGUUGUUUUACCAGCAACGCUCUCAACAGAAAGAAAAUAUAUGACACAGCGACUAUACGACGAGGAUUGUUCGAACUGUUACAAGCAAAAAUUAAGGCAUCUGAUUUUUUGCUCCAUUUCAAUCCAAUUGCUGGAAGCACCGACUUUGACACGUUAGAACCUAUCGUCAAGUUAGAAAUAUUGCGCUCCUUAGUGGAAUGGCAGCUGGAAGACUGCGUUGCUAUAAGAGCUCUCAUGGACAAACAUUGUCGGGGGAAUCGCUAUCAAGAGAGCAAUCCAAUCGACGUUUUGCCUGUUGGGAUUGAUUCCAAAAAACGCGUUUAUUGGCAAUUUGGUGAUUCCGCCAGACUAUGGCGCGAGAAGCAUGGUGCUAAGACAGAGGAACGAUCACAAUGGGAGAUCGUCGCAAAUACGUUGGAGGAAUUGAGGGCAUUUACUGAGGAAAUUGCAGAGACCAAGAGUCGAACAGAGAAGCAACUGUACAUGAAACUAACGAAUCGAGUAAUACCUAACAUCGAAGAAAGCAUUGCGGCGCGCGAGAAGGUGGAACGAAAAAAACAAUCAAAAGAGCGACUAUUGGCUUUGCCGUUCAUGAACGAUCCAAUGACCCUUCGAUCACGCAGUCGAAGACCUGUAAGCUACCGGUAUGACAACGUGUACGAUGAUGAAGUUGAAGAUGACGAAUAUGAGGAGUUGGAGGAUGAAAACACUUCAGUGAGAACCGGUAUUCGGUCAAGUCGACGAAUUGCUCAAAGAGAUACAAGUCCACAACGAACAAGAUCUAGCAGCAGGCUGCGAAGCGAUAAUAACGAAAGUCUAGAAGAAUCCGCAAGCGAACAUAAUAGUCUUUUAGAUGUAGAUGAUCUUAUGGAAACCGAUUCGAGUCCAACAGCCAUCAUAUCUUCACCCAUAGAACUGUAAUUCAUAGAAUUCUGACUGGGCUCAAAUUACAGCAAAAUAUGUUUCAAAACGUUUUGAUACCUACCUGAGA